AUGGUUGAUUUAACUGGGAAACUUGCAGUAGUUACUGGAUCUACUACCGGAAUUGGUUUAGGAAUAGCUCAUCAUUUAGCAGCUAAAGGAUGUUCGGUUGUUAUAACCGGUUUAGGGGAACCUGAUUUGAUCCAUGAUAUUUUGAAAGAUUUUGCAGAAAAAUAUCCUAAAGGAAGGUUCGAGUUUAUAGAAGGAGAUUUAAUCAAGGAAGAAUCGACUCUAAAAUUCUGUGAGACUGUUUUAAAGCGUUUUCCUGAUGGUAUAGAUAUUCUUAUAAACAAUGCAGGGAUUCAGUAUAUCUGUAAUAUAGAUGAAUAUCCUAACUCAGUAUGGAAUAAUAUGAUAGCUAUAUCUCUUACUGCUCCCUUUCUACUCACCAAACAUUUUAUACCAAAAAUGAAGGAGAAAAAUUGGGGUCGUAUAAUCAGUUUAUCAUCACAGAUGGGCCACGUUAGUUCAGUAGGACGAGCCCCCUACUCUGCGGUAAAAACUGGUAUUAUUGGGUUUAGCAAGGGUGUAGCUUUAGAAGCAGCUCCAUAUUCCAUAACAUGUAACUGUAUAUGUCCUGGAUUUGUUGAUGCACCGACUUUAUGUUCUUUUAUGGUGUAUUUUAUUGAAAACUUAUUUCAGGCAGAAUUUGUUAAAACACAGAAUCCAACUCAAAGACUAAUUACAAUUGAUCAGAUUGCUGAAAUGGUGAUAUAUCUAUGUUCACCAGGAGCUGAUAAUAUUACGGGCACCUCUUUGUUAGUGGAUGGCGGUUUCACCGCUAAAUAA